CCCUACGGUGCCCCUUUCUCUCUCUCGGUCUCUCUCUCUCACUGCGCGUUCCAUUCGAAUCCCCAAUCUUUCCCCCCAUUUUACUUGACCUUCCUUAAUCCUUUGCUUCCACCGUCCUUGAUCUGAAAUUGUUGGGUGCCAGUGCCGAUUAAACCGCCUAUCGGAUCAAUUACUUAGUUCUGAUGGGAGCUCAGUCAAUAUUCUUUAGCUUUCUUCUCUUCUGGCCAUGUUUUGUGGGGAAUUGAUAGCGAAUUUCUUCUCAAGAUGCGGAUUUCAGCUUUGCAAGUGAUUUCUUAAGUUUGAUGGAGGUUAAUUUUUGGUUUUCCAUCAAACUCGGUGAUUAGGUUUUGGGUCUUACACUUGGUGAAGUUUAUUUAGGUGAUGCUUGGAGAUUAAUACUAAUUCGUUGUUUCUUCCCCCCUAAAUUUUGUUUUCUUUUUGUAAUUUUUAAGUUUUGUAUAAGUUGUUUAUUGGGUUUGUAUUAGGUCUAUCUUUUUAUUUUCUGUUUUGCAGUAAUUGUUGCAUGCAAUGGAACAUUCAGUGGCUACCAUCAUUGAUACGACGAGUAGCAAGAUGAAGGAUGACGAACAGACUAACGAUAAGAAGAUCUGUGAUUCGGAGCCAGUGGUUUACCAACUUGUUCGGGUUGAAGGUGAUGGAAGGCUAGUUCCCGCUACUGAUGAUGAGGUUAUUGAGGUGGAGCAAUUACUCGAAGAUAAGAAGAGUGACCUGGCUAAAGUGAAAGCUGUUGGUCACGAUGAACAAUGUAUUUCCAAUGAGGUUUUCUCUAAGUCUGACUUGGAAGGAACCGUGCAAUCUGGGAAUGCUGACAAUUCAAGAAAGUUGAAUGCUAGGCUUGAGAAUAUAAAGGUGAUGUUAAAAAAAGUUAAAAAGGAAGAGAGGCUGUUGUUGUCGGGUGAAUCUCUUAAUUGUUCUCCCAAAUUCAUGGCUAUGGAGGAUUCAACAUCUGACAGAUCUAACACCUCAAAGGCAUGUAUUGACAAGCACGAACCUGAGAAUCCGUCUAGGGAAAGAGCAGCGAGUUCUCUGGAGCUUAAUAGCAUCCACAUUGUUGAAGUAGGAACCAUCGAAGCAUGCUCAGGUCCCAUGAAUAAGGCAGCAACUAGUAGAUCAUCCAUUUCUGAGUCUUGCAGUAGCUUAUUACCUGAUUUUUCUAUUUUAAGAGGAGAAAUUUGUUUGGAUAAUUUCUCAAUUAGGGAACUUCAGGAAGCUUUUAGAGCUACCUUUGGGCGUCAUACAUCUGUUAAAGAUAAGUUGUGGCUGAAGCGGCGGAUAGCAAUGGGGUUAACUAAUUCCUGUCAUGUUCCAACUGCACGUUUUACUAUCAAAGACAACAAAAUAAUUCUCAGUGACCUGAAAGAACCUGCAAGGUUGCAACAGUCCACGAUUGAAGCUGAAUCAUUAUCCAUGGACAUUCAUGCAACAAAUGUUAGUCCCCGAGAUAUAAAAACUUGCUUAAAUAACCAGAUGGAAUUUCAACAAGUGUCUGGUAAGAGACUUGGAGUACUUCCUUCAAAUGAUGAUGUAAAAGAUGAAAAUAUACAGAUGGAGCAAUGUGCUGCCAAGAGGAUGAGAAAGCCCACAAAGCGGUAUAUCGAAGAACUUUCUGACCUUGAGACCAGGGAGUGUACUGCUAAAUCAUAUUAUUGUGUGAAUUCAGAACAAAGUCAGUUCCCUUCAAAAGCUCAGAUCAUGCCUUUCCAUGGUGGUACCCAUAGAAGACUUUCUUCGACUAGACACGAAUCCCUAAGAGGAUUCAGUUUUCAGGUGCCAUUUGUACUCAGAGCCAGAAGAGGACAACCUAGGAAGAAUUUAAUGGCGCUUAUGGAAUACCACCCUAAUGCCAUCUCUCGCAUAGUAAAAACAGCUGUUAUGAUACCUGUCCUGGAAGAAGACAAGGAAAAUGGAAGCAGUUCAAGGGAAACCAGAUCUGUUCCUGUACAGAUGUUGAACACGAUCUUUUUCUUGCCUCGGUGCUUUAUCAUGGCCAUCGGCUUUUGGUCACAACAUAAAUACGCACCAAACUUUGUGGACCCUGAAUGUGUUGAAUGCAUUUUCAGAAAAUCUCAAUUGGCAAUAUUCUUACAGAAUUUAUCAUAUGUCAAGAGUGUUGCUGGUGAGGAGAGUGUGGAAAUGGAUUGUGGAACAUUGAACUGUGAGGAGCUAGAUCCAGAGCACAAAAAGUUAGAUGGAAUUGGAGAUACUGCAUGUGAUAAUGUACCUAAACAACUGGCAGCUAAGGCUAAUGUCAGGAGGAAGCAUCAUAGGGCUUGGACUCUAUGUGAGAUCAGGAAGCUAGUCGAUGGAGUAGCUAAGUAUGGAGCUGGAAGAUGGUCUGAGAUUAGAAGACUGUCCUUUGCCUCUUAUUCUUAUCGGACUUCUGUUGAUCUUAAGGACAAAUGGAGGAACCUACUGAGAGCUAGCUUGGUACAGUGUCCUACUGAGAAAGAGGCAAAUAACUACCGCAAACAGACUUCAAUACCAAUACCGGCAUCCAUUCUAUCUCAGGUCAGGGAAUUGGCAAAAUUGCACGCACAGACUGGGAUCAAAGUCAGCCCUAGAAAGUCUGCAGGCCAUGGAAGCAGCACAGUUCAGCGAGAAGGAUAUGGUUUUAUAUGACACUUAUGUAAAUGAAACAAUUAAAAGUAGUAAAAGCUAACAACAUUUAGUCACUCUGUAAAUUAUUUUGAUAUGUAUGAUGAUCAUAAUAUAUGUUAUGCAUGUAAGUCUCCAAAUCAGCUGGGAUUUCAAUAUCAACAAUUUAGUCA